AUGUACACCAUAGAAACCGGAGAAGACAUCUUCAAAGAAUUGCAAAAAUCUAUAUUAGAAUAUAACCUGAAGUGGAAUGAGCUGCAAUACGUAACAGUUGAUGGAGGAAAGAACAUGUCUGGGGCGAAGAAAGGUUUGGUUAGACAAAUCACAAAAGCUUGUGAGGAUGGUGGAUUCUCAAAGCCCGUGUUUCUGUGUCGUGGGUCUCCAGGCUCGCUACGGUGUGAGUGCCAGGCAGGGUGGGGAGGGCCAGGGUGUGCCACACCCACCACACCCACCACCUUCCUCCUCAACAGCUACGUCAAGCUGGCACUCUCCUUCACCCCUCUGGGCUACACCACCUCCAUCUCCCUCAGGUUCCGCACUUGGAGGAGACGAGGGGAACUGGUGGUGAUGACGUCACAACAUGGGCGUGACAGGUGGGCGGUGGAGGUGGUGGGCGGCCGAGUGUGUGUGGCACUGCACCUCCACCCUCGACCCCCCACCUCCCUCUGUCUCACCAGAGCCACUCUUACUGACGGUCGCUGGCACUCUCUGGCUGCUGCAAGGUACGGCUCUGCGGUCCUCCUGACGGCUGACGACGGCGACGGUGACCUGUACAACGCCUCGGUGGUACUGGAGGGACGCCAGCUGCUGCAGGUGGACAAGCAGGAGGGUGUCCACGUAGGGGGAACGCCGGAGUACAUGGGUGUCACGGUGUUCAGCGUCCACAAGGAUUAUCACGACGGAUGUAUGGACGACUUAAGGAUCUCUGGUCGUAGCGUUCCACUGCCACCUGCGACCAACAGCUCGGCGUGGGGCGAGGUGAGCGAGUACAAGGGUGUGGAGAGUGGGUGCGGCGCCCCUUCUUCCUGUGCUAACGUUUCCUGCAGAGCUCCUCUCACCUGCGUCGACACCUGGCGGUCCUACCAUUGUGGGUGUGGCGAGGGACGUGUGGUGAGUAGUAGCAGCCAGGCGACGUGUGAAGACGAGGACGAGUGUGUAUGGCAGCCCUGUCUCAAUGGUGGCAUCUGCUUCAACACCCAGCCAGGUUACGUGUGCUCGUGUCCAGCGGGGUUCAGUGGUCAACACUGUCACCUGCCUGACGUGGGGGAGACUUCACUGAAACUAUCCUUGGCUGCUCUCGUAGCCAUAGUUGUGUGGUGCACCUUCCUUUUCCUGCUGAUCUGCGCCUUCCUGCUGCACCAGCACCACCGCCGCUCGGCGCUGCGCAGGGGGGCCGCCCACGACAAGGAUGACACAGUCAGCUGCAAAGAGCAAGUAUCGUCACCCUGCAGCCGCACACCCAACCUGCUGGAGCUGAAGCUACUGAAGCCGCCCAAAGCCAACGGCCAGCCAGCAUGGACCAAGAACCCCAACAUAGCAGAUGUGGACGUGCUACAGGUGGACGCCGCCUCGGAGACCAGCAGCAUGGAGGACCAAAAACGGAGCGGGAUCUCCUCUGCUGCCCCAGAUAUCGAACAUGGAGGAUCCAAAGACGGAGGGAUGAGGCUGGAAACAGGGAAGCAGAAUGGUGUGAGCAAACGAGGAAUGGGCAACCCUCCUGCCGGGGACGACCUCAGGAACUACGCAUACGAAGGUGACGGCUCCUCCCCAGGAUCACUCUCCUCCUGUCUGGAGAGCUGCAGUGGAAGUGCAAAGUUCCUGGGAGGAUUCCGUGAGGUGGCACACAUGCUGGAGUCCUGACAUACGAAUGGCUCAAAUACCAACCAAUCAGCAGCAGCAGCACCCAACACAAAUGGGUCCUCACCAAUCACAACAGUUCUUUGUACCUCUGGUGGUGAGUUGGCCACGCCCACCACGCACCUAGAGGCAAUGUCUCCGCCAAUCAGGGACGACUUUAUGAAGAAAAAAUAUUCGGAUAAUUUAGCCAAAUCUGUGUCCAUGCUAACGCCUGACCCUCCCAGUGCCUUUCAGUGUUAAUAACAGAUUUGUUGGCAGCCAAAACUAAUUUAACAAAUUGUCCAGAAUUUCGAAAAGGGAUCAACUGUAACAUAUUUAUGAUAAUUAUCUUGUUUACAUGAUACUUACUAAGCUUCCUUUACAAAUUUAUGUGUAAAUCUCAUUGAUUCACUGUCUCUCUCUCUCUUUCUCUCUCCCCCUCCUAAAGAUAGGAAUAUGAUAUAUCAACUAAAUAAUAAUAAAAACAGCAACAAUAAUAAUAAUAAUCUGUAAGUGCAUAAUUGUUCCGGGAGUCGACAAUUCAACAUUUCCUGCAGGGAAAUAGAGGAUUUCAGUAAAGCUUUUGUUUCAUUUGCAGCAUCAGCAUUUGUUUCUUAUUUGCCUGUGAAGAGAAUAACUUUCAUAAUUUCCUAAUAAUAAAGCUUGAUAAAUAUUAUCCUGGUUCCAAAAGUCCUUAUACGAGAAAGAGAGAGAGAAGAGUUCUUGCAUAGUAACUGAACGAGGGCUAAAGGUGAAGUGAAAUUCUCUCUCGCUUAAAACAGACGGAAUACUUUAAAUGAUUUGAGGCAAUUAACUAUGUUAGAGUUUAUAUAAUUCUUAUGGAAACUACAUCGAAUUGCCUAAACAAAAACAAAAAAAAAGUGAAAAAAAAUAGCACUGCGACCGAUUCUCGCGGGAAAAAGGUCAAAAGUGUCUCAUAAAAGGCAAAUAAAGAUGGGUGUAAUAUAUAUUUUUUCGAUGUUAUUUAUAUAGUAAUUUUGUCUGCCUAGAGAAUCAUGUGAACACAUUCUAUCAUCUUUUCUGAAUCUGUAAACUUCAAGGGAGAGAGAUACAGAGAACCAUUUAUAUAUACUCCUUAGCGAUAGUCAACACAACAGAGAGUGGAGUCCGAAGGAAGCAAAUGAACUUCAAGCACUCGAAGUCUUCCCCCAAGAUAUGUCGUACCAAGCACGACGUCAUAUGAGUGUGUCUCCAGAUACGAUGUCGUACCUAGCAUAACGUCAGGUCAUCAACGUCUCUCCAGAUAUGAUGUAUCAAAACGUAGCAAGCAUAACGUCAGGUUAUCAACGUCUCUCCAGAUAUGAUGUACCAAGACGUAGCAA